AUGAAGAGAAACCUAAAUGAAAAUCCAACUCGGAGUACAGCAGGCUGUUUGCCUGUACCAUUGUUCAAUCAGAAAAAGAGGAAUAGACAGCCAUUAACAUCCAAUCCACUUCAGAAUGAUCCAGGUAUCAGUAAUGCUUCUGACAGUUAUGAUUUCCCUCCUCUACCAUCAGAUUGGGCCUGGGAAGCUGUGAAUCCGGAGUUGCCUCCUUUAACAAAAACAGUGAACACGGGGCAAAUACCACAUUCAGUUUCUCAUCCCCUGAGAAGUGAAAAUUCUAUGUCUAAACCUAUUCAAUCAAAUGCUGAGAGAAGCAAGAGUGAUUGGAGCUACAGAGAUGGCAACGAAAAUACUAGUUUAAAAACUUGGAAUAAAAAUGAUUUUAAGGCUCAGUGCAAAAGAAGAAAUCUAAUGACAAAUAAUGGAAUAAAUUCCAGUCCAAUGAAUUUGGGAGCUCAACAACAGAAACAAUUAAGAGUAUCUGAAUCUACUAACUUACCUAGCCAAAGAGAAAGUGAAGCAGUCAGACAAGCAAAGUUGUCAGAAAUACCUGGCUCCACAAUGAGAAGUCUAGACAAAAACAGCACAUUGCAGAUGUUUAAGCCCAAUUUUCAACAAAAUCAAUUUAAGAAAAAAAUGUUCAAUGGUUUUCAAGAAGUAAACACCCUCAAGAAGGAAGCUUCAUCCUAUCAGUUAAAGCUUAGGGAAAAGGAUAAUUCUUUAAGAAUUAUAUCUGCAGUUAUUGAAAGCAUGAAGUACUGGCGUGAACAUGCACAGAAAACUGUACUUCUUUUUGAAAUAUUAGCUGUUCUCGAUUCAGCUGUUACACCUGGCCGAUACUGUUCAAAGACUUUUCUUAUGAGAGAUGGGAAACAUACUCUGCCAUGUGUAUUUUAUGAAAUAGAUCGUGAACUUCCCAGAUUGAUUAGAGGCCGAGUUCAUAGAUGUGUUGGAAACUACGACCAGAAAAAGAAUAUUUUUAAAUGUGUUUCUGUCAGACCGGCGUCUGCUUCUGAACAAAAAACUUUCCAAACAUUUGUUAAAAUUGUAGAUGCUGAAAUGAGAUAUUAUACUAGUGUAAUGAAUGAAGUUUAA